AUGGCUCAAGUUGAUCCAAGAGUUCCACUUUGGGUUGCUGAAAAAUAUAAAGUUAUCAAAAAAAUUGGAUCAGGAUCAUUUGGUGAAAUUUACAAUGCAAUCAACACAUCAAACGGCGAGGAAGUUGCUAUUAAAUUUGAGUCUAUUCAUGCACGUCAUCCACAAUUGCUUUAUGAAUCAAGGCUGUACAAACUUCUCAGUGGUGGUACUGGUAUCCCCCAAACUCGUUGGUAUGGACAAGAGAGAAAUUGGAAUGUACUUGUGAUGGAUUUACUUGGUCCAUCAUUGGAAGAUCUUUUUACAUUUUGUUCUCGAAAAUUUACCAUGAAAACAGUUCUCAUGUUGGCUGAUCAAAUGAUCACCAGAAUUGAAUAUGUACAUGGUAAACAUUUUAUUCAUCGAGACAUUAAACCAGAUAAUUUUAUGAUGGGAAAUAAACGACAAUGUAAUAAAUUAUACAUCAUUGAUUUUGGCUUAGCUAAAAAAUUUUUCGACAGACGUACCAAUAGUCACAUACUUUAUAAUGAAGGAAAAAGUUUGACUGGUACCGCACGAUAUGCAUCAAUAAAUGCUCAUCAAGGAAUUGAACAAAGUCGUCGUGAUGACAUGGAAGCAUUGGGAUAUGUUUUUAUGUAUUUUAAUCGUGGCUCAUUACCUUGGCAAGGUAUCAGAGCAAAUACUAGAAAACAAAAAUAUGAAAAAAUUAAAGAAAAAAAAAUGUCAACGUCUAUUGAAGAAUUGUGUGAGAAUUUUCCAACAGAAUUUGCAAUGUAUUUAUGUUAUACAAAAAAUUUACGUUUUGAAGAGAGACCAGAUUACAUGUAUCUACGUAAAAUAUUUCAUAUUUUAUUUCGCUCAUUAAAUUAUCAAUAUGAUUAUAUAUUUGAUUGGUCAAUAAUGAUGAGAAAGCCAGAAAAUUCUAUGCCAAUUACAAUCACACGAGUGGAAACACCAUUGAAUCAAUAA